CAGCGCUAACCAUCACUGCUACGAUGGAAGGACCCUGCCCCGUCUGAGCCUAGUAUCAGCAUCCACAGCUUCCGAUCCAGUGAGGGGUAACACAGAAACAGCAGUGUAGACAACCACCUUGAGAAACAGACCCUGAUGUCUGAUCUUCUCGGGCAACUGCAAUUCACAGUGGCGCCAUGAUGUGAUGACACUCUUGACACUUUGGUUGUCUGACAAAGGAAGUUCUAGCGCUGAAACCAAGAGAAGCGUAACCCAUGUGGCGCGAUCGUCUUGAGACUUUCUCCUAUUUUAAUAUAACCCAAGAAUUUGCUUGCAUCGCUCUAUCAUGAAAAGAGCGCAGUCACAAGUCUCUCCGAAAAAGCUCAAGAUGGGACCCAGCGCUGAUAGUGAAGGAUUCAUGGACCAUGACGGCGUGCAAAGCCCGCUGCCGGCCACAACGGUAGCUGUGGUGGGUGCAGGCCCGUCAAGUUUGAUGCUUGCAUCAAAUCUGGCCCGAUAUGGAAUAAAAACCACUAUUUUGGAUGACAGGCCAGACAAGACGUCAACUGGAAAAGCUGAUGGAAUGCAGCCAAAAACCAUCGAGACUUUCAAGCAGCUCAGACUUGCAGACGACCUCCUGAGAAAAGGGGUCAAGGUUUACGAUAUAUCUUUCUGGGAAUCUACAGCAGACAAGCCUCUUCAGCGUACAGGUCGCCAGAUUCAUUAUCCAAAUCAUGUCGGGGCGUCAGAUCCAUACAUCUUGCUGGCGCAUCAGGGGAUGAUAGAAGAUAUCCUGAUCCAAGACAUGGAAGAGCGAGGAGUUUCUGUUUCGCGCAGCAGUCCGUUCAUCGAAUGUUCAAGCUCAGCUAUAGGCAGAAAAAUCAAUGUCGUCUAUAAAGACUCCACAACCAAGGCACCUAAGACGAUAGAAGCGGAUUAUCUUGUUGGAUGCGACGGCGCACGCUCGAAAGUUAGACCUUUCAUACCUGAGGCCAAGCUGAUUGGUGAAAUGACAAAUGCGUCAUGGGGGGUCUUGGACGGUGUUAUUGAGACGGAUUUCCCAGACCUGUGGAGCAAAGUUGCUGUCCGCACACAACAUGCUGGCUCCAUUCUUUGGAUCCCAAGAGAGCGCACUAUGACCCGGCUAUAUGUCGAACUUAGCUCGAAGGACGGCGAUCGGAUGGAUAGAUCCCUUGCCACGCCAGAAUAUGUCAUCAGCAAAGCCAGGGAAGCGAUGGCACCAUAUACUUUGGAGUGGAAGAGCAUUGAAUGGUUUGGUAAUUACGUCGUGAGCCAGAGGGUUGCCAAUCAUUUCGCAGAUCCAGAACUACAGCUUUUCAUCGCUGGAGAUGCCGGUCACACUCACUCUGCCCUUGCCGCCCAAGGUGCAAACACCAGCAUGCAUGACAGCUUCAAUCUUGCCUGGAAGCUAAACCUGGUAUCACGAGACCUAGCCUUCCGCUCCCUCCUCGCCACAUACGAAGAGGAACGGAAGAAAAUCGCCCGAGACCUCAUCGACUUCGACACCGAGCACGUCCACGCAUUCAGUGAAGGCGAUGAGGCUCUCGCGCGCAACUUCGACGAGAACAUCCGCUUCAUCUCCGGCGUCGGAGCAGAAUACGCGCCCAACAUCCUUAACCAGGUGGGCUCUACGCCACUGCCGCCAGGCUCAUCAGUCAACCUCCUGAAGACCGGCAGCCUGCUUACACCGGCACGAGUCUCCCGCUACAUCGACGCAAACCCCAUCGACAUCCAGCUCGACAUCCCUCUCCUCAGCCAGUUCCGUAUCUACAUGUUCAUCCCGAACCUGCAGACUGGCGCAGCGUUCCUGGAAAGCCUGUGCAACUAUAUUCAGUCAUCAACAUCCUUCCUCUCGCUCACCAGCAUGCGUGCUAACAAGUCCUACGCCGCAAAUCCACCUGCUGUCGCACCGCUGGAUGACUUCGCCCAGCUAGACAGAUACACACCCGUGUCCAAGCUAUUCACGUACGCGCUUGUCACGCGCACUGCGAAAUCUGAUGCGGAGAUUACCGCUUUGCCGGCUCUGUUGCGGGCCAGCCGAUGGACUUUCUACCUUGAUGAUGUCAUGUCUGGUGGCGGGUGCACGGAGAAGUGGUUGGGUGAUGUUGCUGCAGAUGAGGUAGCGAUUGUGAAUGUUCGCCCAGAUGGGUAUGUGGGGAGCAUUGGGAGGUGGAGAGGCGGGCAGGAUGCUGGGAGAAAGGCGGGAGGGUGGUUGGAUGCAUAUUACGGGGGAUUUUUGAAGGUGUGAAGAAGUUGGUAGGUUUGUUUUGUUUAUUUUCUUACUUCUUAAAUUUGAGGAUAGAUGAGUAGAAGAAGUUGCCUCUUUUAUCUAUUGAUAUGUGUCCGCAUUAUGUUUAUGAAGCCAAAGAAGCAUGUGACUCUUUUUGCAAUCAUUAACUUAUUUUUCUUUAUAUGUGGUCAAGCUCAUACUUUGUGCCAACGGCAUUUCCUCUAUCUAUCACUAUGAGUGCCAUCUGCUUCGUUGUAGCUAUCAUUGAAAAUGAUUAGUUGUAUACAAGGGGUCCCUUCCAGCAUGUCUUGGCGCAUGAGCUUAUUCUUUCCGGCCCAAUGGCGUAACGAACUAGACGCCUUUAGCGCCAAACGCCAGCGGACUUUGAUCUCGCCAAACAAAGUUCAAGGUUGUGUGUGACCUCUGUCACAAUUCCUUUGGCUCUCUACCAGACAAUACGUACCUUUGUAACCUCUUCGUUGCUUACUGCUCAUGAUCAUUUAUAGAUUAAAGGGAGAUGAUUUAACAGCCUCCUACACAACCACGACAUCCGCAUUUCCAGCCGGGCAACCUCAAUUAAGGAGAAUUCCGAUCGUCACUUUAAAAGAAAGAUAACGAGAGAAAAAGGGCAGAUAAAUUCAAAGAUGGUCUAUUCGGGCAGGAAAUUAAAAUUUUAUUGUUUGCUUGAUCGCCUUUACACUCUAAGUCCGCGCCCAGUACGACAGGUGGGCAUCAAAGGCCCUCCAUUUUUACCGAUCCUCAAAUAAUAGCGUGGCAGCAGGUGUGCGAACCUGACUAUUAUAUUUAUUACCGCAAGAUAAUUAGCUUCCAUUUACGAUCUUUCAACGCGGUCCAUGCUCGAAUAGCCAUCCAGGCAAACCCUUCACGAAUCGCUGUGGCACCACCGGCAUCCCAGGAAAUUACCAUGACUCCUAUAGCGCCAUUAGCAAUGUGGCCGGAGUCCCAGCUGCCUCUGUUUUGGGCUACAGCGAUGACUUCAACUUUGUCACCUUGCUUUAAUGAAGAUGCCAGGUGGGCCCAGGACACAUGCGUGGUACUGUCGGGUCCUUGGGAGAGGGCAAUUUCCUGGCUAUCAGACGCAGAGUCGCCACUGGCAGACCAGCUUGUUACUUCAAGAUGUGCGGAUGCAGACCAGAAACACAGAACUGAUUGUAGGUUGGCGGAGGUGUCCGCUGACAGGUCAUCGAGCGAGACUUUGUAAGGUCUGGAUGUACGAUCAGAGAUCUUGGAGCCGUCGCUGAGCAAAUCAACCGUGUCAUUGAACUGGGUAGCUUGUUUCAAUUCCACCAAUGAUUUCCCGUUUUCAGCGACGCGGUAGAACCUGAUACCUAAGCUUUCUGUGGUCAGGGGCUGGUUGGCGAGUUUCGUCUGUCCAUCGCUUGUCCAACCGACCCACGACCAGCUGGGAAACUGAUUAUUGUCUCCUGUGGAGAUCCCUGAAGCCUGAAGCCCCUGUCGCCGUCUUAGUUUAUGGCUCCUAUGACCCCAGGCCAGGGCGGAUUCUAGAAAGGCGCUUGGCAUACCCCAGAAGAAUGCCUCUUCCAUUGACCUCUCGAAUGCCUGUAUGAUGCCAUGAAAAGCGUUUAAUCCAUCGUGGUCGAAUGUCAGCGCGCGACCCGAGUAUUCCUCGAGAAGCACCCGAUAGAAAUGGUCAAAUGUCGGGACGUCAGAAUUCCACGAGAGGUUCAAUUCACCUCCGCAGAGGCUUGUCCUGUGCGGAUCUGGUGAGACGCUGGGAAUUUCGCGAAAGCUAUCUUCACACCAGAAUGCCUCUUCACAUUCCCAGAAGACUUGCUCUGCUGUGAAGACGAGGCAUCGAGCUGCGAGAAACCUCUCUUGCAAAGUCCAAGCCCGUGUGUCCCAUAUAGUUUCUCCAAGGUAUCCCUGGGCACGUCCGGUACGAAGAUCGACCUUUACGCCGAGGACAGGGUCAAGGGAGCCUAUCAAGGUAGCGUUUCCAAUCUGGAACGGUUCUGGUUCUAGAUUUCGAGAACCGGGUCUCACUCCUGGAAGGUGUGAGUUGGCAUCAGUGCACGUGGAAGCGAUUAUGACAGCCGUCGCUAGGGUGUAAAUCGAAUCCAUUUUCGAGAUGAACUUAGCCUUAUCCUGUGCAUCAUCCUGUAUUAUGCAUAGGCUAUCGAUCCAGAGGUACCGUUCCCCAAGCCCCUUGGUGACUUGCAGGGCAUCUUCCGCUAUGUUAGGAAGAAUGUUCGGUCCAAGGGACCCUGGCGUUGAGAAUGUUUGGAGAUUGUCUUUGAGUAGACGAAGAGUCUGCGCUUUUCCCCAGACAUAGCUCAAACACACCCAUCGGUCAUCCUCAUGGGCGAAAGUCAAACGUCUCUGAUCGACAUCGAUGACUCGAGGCCUGAUUUUCUGAGUUCCCUUGAAUAUUUGAGAGCACUUUGUCCCAUGUACCUCUUGACACAGCUGUUUCCAACGUUUGAAGAGUGCCAGAUCUGCCACUAGAGGCCUUCUACGUCCACUAUAAGGCGCGAUUCUACCGGGAGCCGUGGGGUAAUUAAUACUGUUCAAUCGAAAAUCUGGAAGAUCAGGAGCAUGUGGUCCUUCGUGUCUUUGGAAAAAGAACGUUAGAAAUUGCGACUGGCCACUUUCAUUACCACUUCCGAAUCUUGGGAUAGAGCAGUGAACCCUAAUCCGAUCAGAAUAGGCCUUCAUAUCGGCUGCGGGACAAAUGUCUUCAUCCCUCCUCUGAAACACCUCAUGCCAAUCCGUCUCGAGGCUCACCUCUAUGUGGCACCUCGAAACAUCAAAAGAGGGUUCCUGGCCGCCUUUAUUCUGCGCAAUCCACCCAUUGAUGACGUCGACAAGCUUCUUGCAGAAAGCACAUUUGCUGGAGCUAUUCAGUAAUGCGGGGAAUUCCCUCCGAAAGGAAUAGGUGUUGCUUGAAUACUCCGACGAACGGUGGAAGCCGACAUGUUCAAAAUCUAAGUGACGGCAUACGAAGCAAAGGCCGUGGGUUGUCGAAUUAUGACCUGUUGAUUACUUCCUAGAUGAGAGGGGGUUGUGCUUCAACAACAGGCCAUACGAGAGGAUAUACUUACUAUUUAUGUCGCUGAGUUUGUGGUCUUCCGCGCUGGACUCUACUAAUGAUAUCGAUGAUGUCGAGGCGACAGCAACUGAAGACAUCACGCUAUUUCCUCUAGUACGGGCGUGUCACUGAAUUGGGCUCCUUUAUCAAAAUACUUUUAUGCAUCUAUUCCCUAUUGCUGAAAUCGACACCGAGGGUUUGUGAGGGGCAGGAUCCACUCUUCGCAAAAGUGAACAUUCCCACGUGAUUUAAGCUCGAGGAGGGCGCAUGCUUCUCUUUUUUUGGCAUUGUUAUUGAAAAUUCUUGACAAGAGCCUGAGUCCCUCAUGAGUCGCUUACUUGACGUCACGGCUUAAGCGCAUUGUACCCAAUGAUUUUGGUUUGAAGAGUCCCGCUUUCUAUCAUAGAACCAAAAUUUCAAUCAUGUUGGAUAUGAGAUAUCUGAACUUGAAACUGUCAUACCAAGUUGGACAUCGACUGGCCGUGUCGAGGAGGAAUCAUCGACUCUGGCUGCAUCCAUGAACAGCAAACCCGAAUGCUUGGGGCUUGCCAGUACAUUUCAAGACUUUCUAUUCAACCUUGAAAUUGACGGGCUGAAUUGAUGAACUAAAUGGCAUUUGGACAAGUCCAUGUCGUUUCUGAAAGAAUUAGGGCCUGUUCGGUGCGUCCGUAC